AAAAGGAGAGGGUGAGUGAUUAAUGGUGGAAAAAGGAGAGGUCCAAAAUGGAGCACAGUUUUGGUUAAAGAGAGAAUCAUCAAAGACGACACUGAUCAAGCCACAGUCGUCCUCCAUCUUCGGUCCCUUGUCUGCUCUUUUGCCCCCAUUAAUUUAUUUCCACCUUGCGAAGGCAACCCUAACUACCUCCACUCUACACUCCGCCCUUUCACUGUUCCGCAUUCCACAGUUUCACACCAACCAACCGAAAGCAAACCUCUAUAUUCCCACUGCAAAAAGUGCUUCUGCUAUAAUACUAAAAGAAUGUAUGUUGGUAGCCGACGAGCAGCGGGCCUUUGCUCUUGAUCUCUGCUUAAUUCCUGUGUGGAAGCUGCAGAAAUUAUUAAUUUACUGUUAGAGUGGUUUUUGAUUAAGUCUAUCCGGCAUUGUACUGCGGUUUGUUGCAUAUUUGGAUCAAUGUAAUUUAUUCACACAGUGCAAUUUGUGUGUUGGAGUUGAAAAGGGAUAUAGGCUGAAGAGAACAGAUCUGGUCUUGCAAAGUUUGAAGUGGUUAGAAGAGGAUUGGCUGCAAUGGGGAGCACGCAGUUCAAUCAUUUGUUGAUGGUUCUUAUUUUAUUUGGUUCUUUGCUCUUUGGGAGAGCAGAGAUUUACAUUGUGACACUUCAGGGAGAGCCUGUGAUAAGUUACAGGGGUGGUGUUGAAGGGUUUGAAGCCACUGCUGUGGAACCUGAUUCUGAUGAGAAGAUUGAUUCUUCCAGUGAAUUGGUCAUCUCCUAUGCCCGUCAUCUAGAAAAGAGACAUGAUAUGCUUCUGGGGAUGCUGUUUGAUCGAGGCACGUACAAGAAGCUCUAUAGUUACCGUCAUCUUAUAAAUGGAUUUGCAGUCCACAUUACACCCGAGCAGGCAGAAAUACUUAGACGAACGCCCGGGGUGAAGUCUGUAGAAAGGGAUUGGAAAGUGAAGAGGCUCACGACCCACACCCCACAAUUCUUGGGGCUUCCGACUGGAGUAUGGCCUACUGGAGGUGGAUUUGAUCGAGCUGGUGAGGAUAUUGUCAUCGGUUUUGUGGACUCGGGAAUUUAUCCUCACCAUCCAAGCUUUGCUACACACAAUACUGAACCUUAUGGACCUGUUCCCAAGUACAGAGGUAAAUGUGAGGUUGAUCCGGGGACUAAGAGGGACUUUUGUAAUGGGAAGAUUAUCGGAGCACAACAUUUUGCUGAAGCUGCUAAAGCUGCCGGUUCAUUUAAUUCAGACAUUGAUUUUGAUUCCCCACUCGAUGGUGAUGGACAUGGAAGUCAUACAGCAGCUAUUGCAGCCGGAAACAAUGGCAUUCCGGUGAGGAUGCAUGGAUAUGAGUUUGGGAAAGCAAGUGGGAUGGCACCUCGCGCUAGAAUUGCUGUGUACAAGGCCCUGUACAGAAUAUUUGGUGGAUUUGUUGCCGAUGUAGUUGCUGCAAUCGAUCAGGCUGUUCUUGAUGGUGUGGAUAUUUUGAACUUGUCCGUUGGACCUAACAGUCCUCCAGCAACCACAAAGACAACAUUCUUAAACCCUUUCGACUCCACCCUUCUUGCAGCCGCCAAAGCUGGAAUUUUUGUUGUCCAAGCAGCUGGAAAUGGAGGCCCUUUUCCCAAAACCUUAGUUUCUUACAGUCCCUGGAUUACCUCUGUAGCUGCUGCCAUUGAUGAUCGGAGAUACAAAAACCAUCUCACCCUCGGCAACGGGAAAAUCUUGGCUGGAAUCAUUCUGUCCCCUGCUACACAUGCAAACCAGAAGUUCACCAUGGUUGCUGCUAAUGAUGUGACGCUCGAUUCCUCGGUUGCCAAGUACAGUCCUUCUGAUUGCCAGCGGCCUGAACUGCUGAAUAAAAAUCUGGUGAAGGGAAACAUUCUUCUCUGUGGAUAUUCUUUCAAUUUCGUCGUGGGAACUGCUUCGAUCAAGAAAGUAUCAGAGACUGCUAAAAGUCUCGGUGCAGUUGGCUUCGUCCUCGCCGUUGAAAACGCUUCUCCCGGCACGAAAUUUGAUCCUGUUCCUGUUGCUGUUCCGGGGAUUCUCAUUACGGAUGUUAGCUUGUCAAUGGAACUCAUAGACUACUACAAUGUCUCUACGCCAAGAGACUGGACCGGACGAGUUAAGAGUUUUAAGGCACAGGGAAGCAUCGGAGAUGGCCUGAAGCCCAUCCUCCACAAAUCGGCGCCACAAGUUGCGUUAUUCUCCGCUCGCGGACCUAACAUUAAGGAUUAUAGUUUCCAAGACGCGGAUCUCUUGAAACCCGAUAUUCUAGCUCCCGGAUCUCUAAUUUGGGCAGCUUGGACUCCUAACGGAACCGACGAGCCAAAUUACAUCGGCGAGGGAUUCGCAAUGAUAUCGGGAACCAGCAUGGCUGCACCUCACAUUGCUGGAAUCGCGGCUCUUAUAAAGCAGAAGCAUCCCCACUGGAGUCCCGCCGCGAUCAAGUCGGCGUUGAUGACUACAUCGACGACGAUCGACCGUGCCGAGAGACCGCUACAAGCCCAGCAGUAUUCCGGCGCCGAGACCCUUUCUCUCGUCACCGCAACGCCUUUCGAUUACGGAAGCGGCCAUGUCAAUCCGCGAGCUGCUCUCGAUCCCGGGCUUGUUUUCGACGCAGGAUACGACGACUACUUGGGGUUCCUGUGCACGACGCCGGGAAUCGAUUCCCACGAGAUCAAGAACUACACGAAUGUCCCCUGCAACUACACGCUGGGCCACCCGUCAAAUUUCAACACCCCGUCGAUAACAAUAUCGCAUCUCGUCGGGACUCAGAAAGUCACACGAACGGUGACGAAUGUCGCAGGUGAAGAGACGUACGUAAUCACCGCAAGAAUGGCGCCAGAAGUAGCGAUCGAAACCGAUCCACCAGCAAUGACGCUAAGACCAGGAGCUUCCCGGACCUUCGCCGUCUCCCUCACCGUCAGAUCGGUCACCGGAGCCUACAGCUUCGGAGAGGUCCGGCUCAAAGGCAGCCGAGGCCACAUCGUCCGAAUCCCCGUCGUCGCGAUGGCCUAUUACCGAUAACUCGAUCCACGCCGUUCCAGGGUAAUAAUAUUCUUUGGAUUCGUGUGCAAUAAAACGUAUAAGAUCUCGAUCGAAAUGGGUGUUUGUACAUAAAGACCCCAUAAGUUUUGACGUUGAAGACAUAUCUAUGAUAGUGUACUGUCCCAACUGCCUUCGGACAAAGAUCGUUUGUUUGUCUUAGGUAUUUUUGGUCAUAUGUAAUAUCUAAUUUCAUUUCAAAUUUCA